AUGCUGUCGAGCGCAAGUUUCGCAACGCUCGCUUCUCGCGACGAGUGCCCAGUUGGCUCGCGCAGCACGCGGUCGGCGACGUUCUCUUCCCUUGACUGGCGUACAGUGGUCCUUCAAGGGAGACGCUUGGGUGUCAAGGCAGACUGGAGGAGGAGGGUUGCCGUCUCCGCCACUUUUGCGCACGCCGAUCUUACUGCCGCUCCUUUGUGUCCGCACGUGACCCGCUCAACUUCGUCAGCUUCACCUCCUCGUCCUCCUCUCCUCCCUCGUCCUCGCUUCCUUCCGCUCGUUCUGUGCUCCAGCUUGCUCGCAUGGCUGCUCCUGCUCCCCCAGCCCCCCGCGCCCGCUGCCGCACCCGCUCCUGCGCCUCCCUGCGUCCCGAAGGUCGUCCAGCACCAAGUGAACGAGGGACUGAGCUUCUCGUUGACUUGCGACCUCGAACUGGACAUCACGGCGACGACUUUCGAGGAAGUUACCCUGCCUCUGAAAGGUGUGGCGCUCAUAGGAGACUGGACUUGUCGCGUGGAUCGGCAAGAGGAGGGAGGCAAGUCGGAAAAGGCCGUUCACAUCCAGCACGGAGACCUGGACGUGGGCGCCUUCGGCAAGGACGUCGACGUAAUGAUGAAGGUCCUAGCAGUCACGCCAGACGACCGCUGGCUGUUGUCUAGCGCGCACUGGCGCCAUUGUCCGGCGCCCAACGCAAGCGAGGACGACCCGUUUGUUGCCUACACAGGCUACCAGCUCGACAUCCGGCAAGACGACAUUGACGACCUCAGGAGCAUGACCGACGGCGACUUUGACCCUGCUUCUCAUCGCCGGUACCGCGUGCACUUUCAGCUGGCUCAACGCAAAACCACGCCCACGCCCGAGGCAAAGGAACUCAUGUACAGGAUGCGAGACCUCGAUCUCUCGCCCACACCCUACGACGUCCGUUUCUUCUUCCCGAACGCCUGCGAUGGGGGCGCAGAGCUUUGGUCCGAGACGGGGUUCCUUUCUGGAGCUUCCUACUACUUCGACUGCCUCCUCUCCUCCGGCUUCUGCGAAACGGUUACGCACUCGAAGAAACGCCCAAGAACGCGCAAGAGUGCGCCCGCCGCGACUUCCCAGACUCCGGCUGAUGCGGAUGCGAAGGACUUCGACGACUCGGACGACGAGACAGACGAGCUCUACUUUGAGCGGCGCUCUUCCGUACUGCAUGAGCACGAAGGCGAUUGCCCGCUCGAGUACAAGCAGGUCACGAUCACCAAGACGGCGUUUUCGACUUAUCGCGCGGUCCUCGGCUUCAUGCGUACGGGAUACAUUGUCUUUGCGCCCCUCACGUCGGCCUGCAAGCCUUCCAACCCGUCGGCAAGUCGAACUCGGCGGGAACAUCUCCUCAACCUCCGCCGAAAGACGCCAACGUCCGCCGUCUCGCCCAAGUCGGUCUUCCGCCUCGCCCAUCUCAUCGAACUUGACGAUCUCCCAGACCUUUGCCUGGCCGACUUGCGGAGGCAGCUCACUGUCGAGAUCGCGCCAGUCGAGCUCGUGGACGAUGCCUCGAUCUGCUUCGACGCAUGGCGCGAGGUCAUCAUCGACUUUAUCUUUGAGAACUGCGAGGCAGUGGAGGAGUCUCAGGGCUGGAAGGACCUUCAGGGCAAGAUCAGGCGCGACGAGGUGCCGGGCGCCGCGCCAAUCAUGCUCGAGUUGAUGAGCAGGUUCACGCCGAAGAAGGCCAAGGGUGCGUCUUUCGUGCACAUCUGUUUGUGUCUAAACGCCCGCUAA